UUAGUUUGUCUUGUGGUGCUGUUGUAAGAUUCAAUCUACAAGCGGCAACUGUUGCUAAGCGUCCCAUUACCAGAGUAACCGGCGAUUGUUUACAUUUGUCUUGCGGGUUUGCUUACUUGCAGUUUAAAAGACUACGGCUGAUUUCAUUUGGCUUAACAGCCAACUAGCUUCAGUAUGCUGGUUUGUUGUGUGUCUGGGUCUUGCCGUUGGACUACAAGGUUGAGCGCACAUGGCAGAUGAACAGGCAGAGUAGGUUUUCAUGGAGUCUGGCUUUCCUUGUGUGUGUGGAGUUGCAGUGCUCUGACAUUUCUGACUACAGUGUCACUGCACAGCAGAAAAGAGUCCACCUGUAAUCCAACAUUUUUAGUCAUCACCAGGGAUCUGCACCAGCACAAGACCAUGUCAUCUGAGUUCUGGGUGGAGCCCUACAGGGAAGGCCAGGCAGACGAGCAACAAGGGGAAGAAGCGACGAAGAAGGAAGUGGAGGUUCCCUUUGGGGACAACCAGCCUCUAGGAAUACUGAGGCAAGAGGAGCCAGGCGAAGAGCCUUUGUCACCUUAUCUUAGUGUCAUGCAGGAAGUGACAUCAGAAGGUGGACUGGUGCAGGUCCAGAGGGAGAAGACACAGAAAAAGAGAGAGAGGUUUCCCCACAUGACUGUCAAGCAGGAAAGCCGGGAUAGAGGGUCAGCAGGUGCAGGCCUGGUGGAGCGAUUCUUCCGAAAGUCUGUCCCUAGGGCCUUGUCGACCUGCUCCUAUCCAGACAGGAACAGGCAGGUAGAGGAGCCCCGGGGGCCAGGGCCUUUCUACUUCGUUGGAGGAGCCAAUGGGGCUGAAUUAGUGAGCGGUUACUUUGACAGCCGAGGAUGGAAGAGGAUUUACAAUAAGCAGAGGGAGGAUUUCAAACUCAAGUGGUGUGAGACCAAGUCACCAGCAAACUACUGGAACUUCAGAGCAGGUGAACAGUUGGUGUACCAGAUUCCCAACAACAAGGUGCUCACCACUAAGAUCGGCCUUCUCAGCAGUCUGCGGGAAUAUGAACGAGUCAGCAGCAAAGUCCACCACGGUCGAGGAUUGAGGAGGCUGAAAAUGGAAGAGUUUAUUCCCACUACCUUCCGCAUGGAUGUGAGGGAAGAGAGGGAGGCUUUCUUUGCCCAGCAAGAGGGUGUGAGCAACAAAGACAGUCACAUGUGGAUCUGCAAGCCCACGGGCCUGAACCAGGGCAGAGGGAUCUUUCUGCUGAAGAACCAGGAGGACGUAGCUGCCUUCAGACUGAAGCUGCAGCACACAGAGGACCGCCAGGCCAACAGAAAGAUGCACGGCCGCCAGCCUCAGGCUCGCAUUGUCCAACAUUACAUCCAGAGGCCGCUGCUCCUGAGAGGGAAAAAGUUUGAUGUGCGCUCUUACCUUCUGAUUGCUUGCACCUCACCUUACAUGGUCUUCUUUCGCCACGGUUAUGUGCGACUGACCUGCGACCUUUAUGACCCCAGCUCCAACAACCUCUCUGCCCACCUGACCAAUCAGUUUAUGCAGAAGAAGAACCCCCUGUACAGCCAGCUAAAGGAGGACACUGUGUGGUCCAUGGAGAGCUUCAACACUUACGUCAACGACAGAUUUCAGGUUGCCAAGGGUCUGCCCAGGGACUGGGUGCUGGGCACCUUUGCAAAGUACAUGCAGCAGAUCCUUACACAUUGUUUCUUAGCUGUCAAAUCCAAGUUUGACAGCCGACUGGGCUUCUUCGACUUGAUUGGCUGCGACUUCAUGGUUGACGAGGACUUCAAGGUGUGGCUGUUGGAGAUGAACUGUAAUCCAGCGCUUCAUACCAACUGUGAAGUGCUGAAGGAGGUGAUACCCAAGACUGUUGUGGAAGCACUGGAUUUAUCUCUGGAGAUCUUCAACAAGUGUCGUCUCAAGCAGAAGACGCUUCCUUUGGCCAGUCAGAGGGACUUUGUGCUGCUUUACAAUGGAGUUUUCCCUCCUGAUUCAGUGCUGGCCUGCAGCAAGAGCAACACAAAUGGUGAAUUGAACCAAAAACGCACCAAACAGACUGAACCCAGAAGAUGUAAGUCAGGGACAGAGGGCCAAAUUGUGCACACAUUAACCCCUGAUGAUGUUGAUGUGUCAGCAAGUGUUGAAGGAAGGGGUAGUUCAAAGUCUCGUCAGUGUCCCACCACCUCCACCGACGCCUCAACGCUCCAUCAAAGCUCUCCCUCAUUGCAGGGACCGUCAUAUUUACACAGCAGCAAGCGGACUGUAAGGAAUAAGAACCCCAGGUCUCGGGUCGAACUCCAGCUGGGCAAAUGUACUUUUCAUCAUCAUUUGAAAGGUGUGGAUGAUGUAAAGCACUCUAAGGCUCAGCAGAAGAUGAGUAUCAUCAUGCCGCUAUCGUCACCAGGGAUCUCCGUCGGUGGAUCUCCAGAGACAAAGACACCAUUCCCUCCUCAUGCUGAACUUCCUGUGUGUGGGAACAAAUGUGAAGAAGUGCUCAGAAAGGACACAAACAGCUACGUUUCUAACAUGAAAGAGGAACUGUGAUGCACUAUAUGUAAACAGCUGGGAUCCAAAGAGCUUUUGACAUCUGGUGCUGUUUGACUCUGCAAGAAAUAAAAGCUUAUUGUGACAAUAAAGAAUCUGUUCGUCAUUUGAA